GGAGGGUCGCCGGGGUGGCCUGGUGCAGCGAUGGCGGCGGCGGCGGUGGAGUGGAGUGUCGUCCUCCUCACCUGCCAGCGCGGCGGCUGUGUCUCCGCCUUCCAGCGAGAGCUAGAGGUCCGCCGGCUGAGGGGCGGCCUGGGCCCGCGCCCCCCCCAGCUCCUCCUGGCCGUGGAGGACCCCUGGGCCCGCCUGGGCAGCGGCGGGGCCACCCUCAACGCCUUGCUGGUGGCGGCCGAGCACCUCAGCGCCCGGGCGGGAUGCACGGUGGUGACCGCCGACGUCCUGAGGGAAGCCCGGAUCCUUAUUAUGCACAUGGGCCGCGACUUCUCCUUCGACGACUGUGGCCGGGCCUUCACCUGCCUUCCUGUGGAGGAGCCUGGCGCCCCGGCCGAAGCUCUGGUCUGCAACUUGGACAGCCUGCUGGGAACCAUGACACACCGGCUCUGUGUGGGCUCCCCACCUGGCGUGUGGGUCUGCAGUACCGACAUGCUCCUCACCGUGCCCUCUGCACCAGGAAUUGACUGGAAUGGCUUCCAGGGCGUCAGAGUGAUCGCAGUGCCUGGGAGUCAGGAGUAUGCCAAGAACCAUGGGGUCUACCUCACUGAUGAGCAGGUCCAGAGCAGCUCCCCCUUCAAGGGGCAUCCCUUGGAGGCACAAGGGUCAUCCCCCCCUUCGGUCCCUUGGGUGCUGAGGUCCCAGCCCUGCCACAGCUGCUUGGCUUGGGGCACCCUGAAGAGCUCAUUGGGGUGGUCUUGCUCCCAGGGGCUGGUGUGCGACAUCAUCUACAAAGGCACAGAGGCGCAGAUCCAGCAGUGCGCAGGACCUGAUGGCACAGUCCCACUGGUCUGCGGGGUGGUUUUCUUCUCCUCGGAUGCCACUGAGCAGCUUCUGGCCACCCACGUCAUCCCUCCUCUGGAUGCCUGCACCUACUUGGGGCUGGACUCGGGGGCACCACCCAUCCAGCUCUCCCUCUUCUUUGACAUCGUGCUGUGCAUGGCAGCGGGGAUGACAGAGGAGGAUUUCAUAAAGGGCAGUGGUGAUGCCAGUGUGAGGAGUGCCCGCUCCGUGCUGUGGACAGCGCUCCACACCUUCCCUCUUAGCAUGGCCUGCAUCCCCGGUUCAUCCUAUGACUACAUGACCACCUCUGCAAGCGACCAUAUCCGCAGCUUGACGCUCCUGCCCGGCUCUGCCAGCCACCUCCGCUUCUGCAAAACAGCCCAUUCCCACGUGGACCAGCCCUGCCUCCUGGAGGACGGCUCUUCGGUCACCAAUUCCCUGCUGGAAGGAGCCGUGCAGCUGGCAGCUGGCAGCGUCAUCCAGCACUGUCACAUCCAGGGUCCUCUGGAGAUCGGUCCUGGCUGCCUCCUCUCGGGCCUUGCCAUAGGCUCCUCACUGGCCCUGCAGGGCUGUCCCCUGCGUGACGUCAUCCUGCAAGGCCACCACAUCCGGCUGCGAGACCUGCCCUGCCGCGUGUUCACGCUCACUGGCUGCCUUGACGACUGGCAGAGCCCUGCCGAAGAGGCCACCUACUUGAACAUGACCUGGGCUGAGUUUUUCCAUCGGACGGGCAUACGGGAAGGGGACCUUUGGGAUGCUGAGAUGCCACGGAGGAGUCGCUGCCUGCUCAAUGCCCGGCUGUUCCCAGUGCUGCACGCUUGCGAGGCGCUGGGGCUGGAGGAUGUGCUGUGGCUGCUGGCCCCGGCACCAGUGGCCAGUGUGCGGCUGGCACGCUGGCGGGCAGCCUGGCGCAUGUCCUGGCAGGAGCUGCUGCCCUGCCUGGACAAGGCGGCCGAGCUGCGUGCCCGCCGGGCCCUCUUCUUCCUGCAGGGCCAGCGCAAGGUGCGGCGGGUGCUGCUGGGGCGCCAGGACAGCAGCCUCCUACCGCUUGCCCGCAGCGCCGUCCACGAGGGCUACCAUGAAGCUGUGCUGGGCACGCUGGACGAGGUUGCCUCCACGGCUGGUGACACUGGCAUUGCAGCCCGAGCUCUUGCCUGCAUCGCUGAUGUCCUGGGCUGCAUGGCACAAGGGGAAGGGGGCUUGCGGAGCGGGCCCGCUGCCAACAAGGAGUGGGCUUCGGCUUUCGGGCACCUGGAGAGUGGGGACAUUGCCAGUGGCGUCCGGGAGCUGGCAGCUGAGCGGCAGAAGUGGAUGAGCAGGCCAGCUCUGCUGGUCAGAGCAGCUCGGCAUUACGAGGGGGCCGAGCAGAUCCUCAUCCGGCAGGCGGUGAUGUCCUCAUGCCAGUUUGUCACUGUGGGGCAGGCGGAGCUACCACCCUUGGGGCACUGGGUGCAGGUGGCGUGUCCGGCCCGCCUGGACCUCUCUGGUGGCUGGAGCGACACGCCCCCCAUCACAUACGAGCAUGGGGGUGCUGUGGUGGACGUGGCAGUGCUGGUGGAUGGGUGCCGGCCCAUUGGUGCCAGGGUGCGGCGCAUUCACGAGCCAGAGCUGCGCCUUGUCAGCUUCAGUGGGACACCAGAGAGCGAGGCAGCGGUGGAGCUGGUGUGCCGGGAGCUGGAGCACUUGCAGGAUUACUGCCAGCCGCACGCGCCAGGAGCAUUGCUCAAAGCUGCCUUCAUCUGCACCCAAGUCGUGCAGUUCCCCUCGCAGAAAUCCUUGUGGGCCCAGCUGAUGGAGAGCUUCGGGGGUGGGUUUGAGGUGCACACCUGGUCCAAGCUGCCCCACGGGUCUGGCCUUGGCACCAGCAGCAUCCUGGCAGGAGCAGUGAUGGCAUCACUGUACCGGGCAGCUGGGAAGUCUGCCAGCACAGAGUCCCUCAUCCACGCCGUGCUGCACCUGGAGCAGAAGCUCACAACAGGUGGCGGUUGGCAGGACCAGGUGGGCGGGCUUGUGCCCGGCUUCAAAAUUGGGAGGUCAAAAGCCCAGCUGCCACUCAGGGUGGAGGUGGAGAAGAUCCCGGUGCCCAAUGGUUUUACCCAGACCCUCAACGAUCACUUACUGCUGGUGUACACGGGGAAGACUCGCCUGGCCCGCAACCUGCUUCAGGAUGUGGUGAGGAACUGGUAUGCCAGGCUGCCCUCAACUGUGCAAAAUGCUGACGCGCUGGUGAGCAACGCCGAGGAGUGUGCCCAGGCCUUGAGGCAAGGUAACCUACCGCUCAUCGGCAAGUGUCUGGACCGGUACUGGCAGCAAAAGAAAUGCAUGGCCCCAGGGUGCGAGCCACUGGCUGUCGGGCGCAUGAUGGAUGCUCUCCAGCCCUAUAUCUAUGGGCAGUGCUUGGCUGGGGCUGGCGGCGGCGGCUUCCUUUAUGUCUUAACCAAAGGCCCUCAGCAGAAAGAGGCAUUGCACCAAAUUCUAGCUAAAAGCGAGGGACUGGGCAACUUCAGUAUCCACAGCAUUGAGGUGGACACAGGUGGUUUCUCUGUGGAGGUUGUGGGAUGUGAUCCAGAGGACAGCGCUCACCCUGCAGGGGACGUGGCUGUGUGAAGAACUUCAGCCGUGACCCACUCCUGGCACAUACACAGCGCAGGGGAGGGAGCAGCCAGCUGCCUUCCAAAGCAGGGAAAUCCCUGCUACUUUAGAGGCAGCUCCUUCAGCCAGCUCCAGCAGGUGCCUUCCAUCUUGAUGUGGCCUUUUUGUGCUGCUACUUGCCCCAAAAGCCAGUGGCUGGAGAAGCUGUGACGAGCUGGGCAGGCCAAACAGUCCCUGGAGGGUGGCCUUACUGGAAGGACAGUUUGCUAGGGCCUCCAGGCUGAUUUGGGGGUUUCAGUUCAGUUUUCCUGGCUCUCCAAAGGGGAGAGAAUAGCAUUUGUUGCACUGCUUCUAGUAGGAACCUUCCUGCUCUUCCAGUACCAGGGGCCCACGCUGCCUGUUCAGUGUGCUGUGCUCCUGCACCAAGGAUGAACCUGGAUGUGAAAUCAAGUCCCUCUCCUGUGCUGAGAUACUAUUUCUGCAGUGAGUUACUAGUUGCUGCAGUCUAUUUGAAUAAAAAAAGCUUGUUCCCAGCA